ACUUCCAUCGCGCUUGUCGUCCGAUCCGGCCAUCCGAUCGACCCAAAGCCCCCCUCCCUUCCGGCAACCAAAGCGGCCUUGGGUGAUAACAGGGCUGACAUGGGCGUAGCUGGAUUCUACAAAUGGCUCAAGACCCUCUCGGAAGGGUCGUUCUCGAGGCCAACCCGGCCCAGGGCCUUUGACCACAUCUAUGUCGACGGCAACUUUUAUCUGUACCGGUCUUCGCUCCAUGCAUCGCUGGGGGUCACAGGCGACUGGAACAGAGCCAAAUCCAAUGCAGUCUCCGGCCUGGCCUUCCAAUACAUCAACCGGAGCAUGGGGCUCUUUCGUCCCCGACGGUCGCUGUUUGUUGCCCUGGAUGGAUCGGCAGGCUGGGCCAAGAUCCUCACCCAGCGGGCCCGCAGGCAGCACCGCGGCGCAUUGGCGGAACUCACCAAUAUCCCAAGCAACCACUUCACACCCGGGACCAACUUUAUGAUCCGGCUGGAAGACCACUUGAUCUACCAUAGCUGCCGAUUUCUCUUGAGCCAUUCGCUCCCCGAAGUGACUGUGAGCUCGUCCUGCGUCCCUGGCGAGGGCGAGGGCAAGAUUGUGGCGAGCAUCGCGCGGAGACAGCGCCGUUCCAAGUCGAGCGACUCGUUUCUUAUCAUGUCGGGCGACUCGGAUGUUGUUCUGCAAGUCAUAGCCGCCAAGCUGGCCAACACCCUGGUUUACAGCACAGUGUCCAAGGAGCUCUGCGACCCCUCUACCUUUGUCAACACAAUCCCAACCCGAUUUCCGGCCUGCAACCCGGACCGGAUCACACGCGACUUUUGUCUGAUCGCACUGCUCUCCGGCAACGACUACUUGCCCAAGCUGCGGUAUCUCCCACCACCCAAGGUGUGGGAGCGCUACUGCGAAUACCGAGAAGAGAAUCAGGAUCAGCCGUGCCAAGACUACCUUGUGUCUGAGGACUUGACGUCGAUCAAUUUGAGCCUGCUCUAUCGGUUGGCGAGCGGCAAAUCCUUCAAGCAUGCUUCCCGAAGAUCGCCGGGCCCACGCCUGAAAAAAGUCCACACAAGCGCCCCGGUCGCCGAAGAUGGCUCUGCAGCAUCGGAGAUGGGCAGCCCUAUUCAAACCAAAGAUAUACUGCGAGUCUAUCUCAACGCCCUGAUCUGGAACCUGCGGAUCUAUGUCCUGGGUGACGAUCGUGCCAGUCGAUUUGUCUAUCCGCAGCAGAUCAGUCCCGACCACCGCCUCAUCGAAUGGGGUCUUGAGGAAUUCUUGAAGGCCCUGGAGAGUGGCGACGAGUCCAUGGAGGGAUUCUUUUCCCUGCAGCCGCAGUCAGAGCCGAUGCCGACAGCCCUUUGUGCCGUAGCCCUACUUCCGCACAAGGACAAGAAACUGCUUCCUCAGCCACUCCAUAGCCUGUUUGAGCAGUUUCACAAACGAGCCGAUGCCCGACCAACACCCCUCAGUCUGAUCCAAGACCUGGAGUGGCUAGAGUCCGAGGGCAUCAAGCAGCUGGAAAAGUAUCCGGAGCUUGCCAUAGUUGCUGCGCCUGGCGACCCGACCACCAUCACUCUGGACUGGAAUCGUCCUGCCAUCACCGGACUCCAGCGCGACAUGCCUGAUGGCUAUGAAUGGAAGCGGCAGGUGGAGGAAAAUGGCUUUCGGUUCUUCCGCGAGACGUACGAGCCUCCUCCGGAAGGCUGCUUCUCGUUCGACCAGGCAGUCAAGCGCGAAGCUAUCACCUGGAGGGAGCUCGGCUGUGCCAGUGCCAGGCUGUAUGAGUCCGACUUGGAGGCAAGCCCGAGCAGGCACAGCGCAGACUUGGUGCUGCAGCUCACGCCCGACGAUAGCAAUCCAUUUGCAGGGCUGCAAACCCUGGUUCUCAAGGAAUAAAGCGGGAUCUGAUGCUACGACA